AAGGAUAAGGAGAGAGUUGUAAGUGCUUAAAAAGUACAAGUGUAAGUUUAGAUAGAUGACAGGUAGUUAGCCGACGUGAUCAACAAUAUAACGCCAUUAAUUGAGUUGAGCUAGAGCAGCUGAAGUAUGCUACCAGCAACACAGAAAGGUAGGAAAACCGGAAAUUACACGCUUACUGUAAUGUGCUUACCGUAAAACACUUCCGCAUAAACAACCUCACACUUGUGCUACCUAUGUGUAAAUAGACAACUGUUUGCUGUGUUACAUGUCAGGGGAGAAUACUAUUGAUCUAUGUUAUCUGAUUGGCUGUUGUGUUCGUGUUAUUGUGGCAGGAUUGAUGGGACCGUCAGUCACUUCAUGACAGGUGCUGGGAAGAGCAUGGUGGUAUACUACCGGGCUGAUGGCAGUCUGGUGCACAUUGCUCCAGAACCUGUAGAGAAGGAGGAGCCUCUGUUCACAGCGAUCUGUGUUGGUGAUGCAAGCAGAGUGCAAGAGUUGACGAUGCGUCUGGGAACAAACCUGAUGCUGCCAAGUAAACCGGGCUGGCUUGCUAUCCACCAGGCUGUGUGGUACGGCCAAGAGGCCUGUCUGAGAGUGCUGCUGUCAGCUCAGCCGGGUAUGAUCAACAAGCGGACGGAGUGCGGUGAGUCAGCGCUGCUGGUCGCUGUCAGCAAAGACCAGCUGCAAUGCGUUCAGGUGCUUCUGGAAAACGGGUCUGAUACCGACAUCCCAAACUACGACAAAGAGACUCCACUCUACAAAGCCUGUGAGAGGAGCAGCGCUGCCAUGGUGGCGGCGUUGUUGAACCACGGUGCGGCGGUGAACACUGUUUGUAUUUGGAGAUGCACUGCCCUCCACGAAGCUGCAUGUCGAAACAGCGCAGAGAUCUGUGAGAUGCUACUAAAGGCCGGAGCAAAACACAACCUCCCCAACAUGUAUGGCAUCACACCGCUGUUCACUGCAGCUCAGAGCGGGCAGCUCGCUGCCCUGCGCCUCCUCCUCAAACACGGUGCAGACAUUAAUAGUCAGGCUGCUGAUGGAGCCACUCCUCUGUAUGAAGCUGCUAAAAAUGGACACGAAGAAAUUGUGGAGUUCCUCCUCUCUCAGAAAGCUGACGCCAACAAACCAGGAAAGACCGGGUUAUUACCGCUUCACGUCGCCGCUCAGAGAGGAAAUUACAUCAUCGUCUCCAUGUUGAUCUCGGCCACCAGUAAGACCAGAGUCCACCGGGCCGGUAUCAGCCCCCUCCACCUGGCUGCUGAGCGUAACCGUGACGACAUCCUGGAGGCUCUGCUUGAGGCGGGCUUCGACGUCAAUGCUCAGCUGUCUGAAGAACGGAUGAGGCUGUACCAGGACCAUCGCAGCACAGCACUCUACUUCUCCGUCUUUAACAACAACAUCGACGCAGUGCGCAUGCUGCUGGCGGCCGGCAGCGACCCGAACCUGGACGCGUUCAGGCCGCUGAUGGUGGCAGCGAGCCAGAGCUGCAUCCAGACCGUCACACUGCUGGUGGAGCACGGGGCCGACAUCAAUGCCUCCAUCCCCACACACCUCACCACUUUCCCUGCCGUCUACAUGUUCUCUAUGAAGUACCUGCCCAUCUUCAAGUACUUGCUGGACCAUGGAGGCCACGCCAUAUCCUGCUUUAACUGUGUCUACGGUAACCGACCGCAUCCACCAAUCAAAACCAUGCAUCAGAGGAGGCGGACAACCAAUACACAUGACAGACUACUGCGGCUUUUGCCACGGGGGCGGUUGUUUUGA